UAUACAAUUUGUGCAUGAAUCUGUAGCUACAACUUAUUCGACAUCGAGAAGGUUGGUCUCUGGUCGGGAGAAGGAGGAUGACUUGAUAUUUGAAUAAAAUAGGAUCACAACCUUUCAAAACCAUCAGAGUCUCAAACUAGGUUUUGGACAGUGCAGUUGCGUGUUUCUCAUGAAAAUCUGUGAGUCAGAAGAAUCAUGAUGACUCCGUACCUCCAUUUCAGUCUCAUUUUCCUCUUCCUGCCAAAUCUCAUCCUCUCCCAAGAAUUCCACACCCCUUGCAACCCCUCCCUCAACCAGACCUGCACUCCUGGAAAAUUCCUCGCCUGCCUCAACAACUCGUGCGACUGUGAAGAUCCCGAAAACCAAAUUUACGACGCUGUCGAAGCCCAAUGCGUCAUCGUUGCGGGGAAGCCUUGCGUCCCCGAGUAUUCCCCAGAUAUUCCCCUCUGCAUUCAAGGAGCAGAAUGCAACCCGGACACGAACACGUGUCAAUGCUCGAAAGGCUUUUACGAAACGGAGCUCAACAUUUGCAGCUACACGAUUGGGCGGACGUGUCAAGAGAGUCGCGACUGCGACGGGGCGAACGGCCUCGUUUGCUCGGAAGGCGUGUGUCGCUGUCCGAAUUCAUCCUUCAUCUGGCAAAUGGAGUACGGUUGUGUUAACACGGCUGAACUGGCGACGAAUAAUUCGACCCCAACGACAACAACGACCACGACGGAUCCCAGUCCCAUCAUUUUUGUUAAUAAACCCAUAAAUCCACCCAUUUCGGAUAAUAUGGUCUCUAAUGAAAAUAUGGUCCCCGUUUCUGAAGAAGUCCAGACUACCACGCCGGCAGGAAACGUGGACGAAAAUCCGACCACUUUUCCCCUCGAGCAGGAAGACAGGGAUGGUUUUCCUUCCACGACGCGUCGCAGUCCGCUCGCCAACUUUGUGAACCAGGUCAUCCCCCCAAUUCUCAACCCGUUGAAUCCAAACCAUCCCUUCCGACCGGCCAGACCCACGUUUGUCCCUGCCUCCCAAUUUAUGCAGCCAGCUCUUCAACAACAACAACAGCAGCAGCAGACCCAACAGACGACGACGCAUCCCAUCACGCACCUUCAUCCGAACGUCGUCCCCAACAAUUUCCACGCCCCUCGUCCCCUCCCCGCAAACAUUGCGAGUCCCCCGAUCCCACAACGACCCCUCCGACCUGGCGACAUUUUCAACCUGCGCCGAGUCCUUCAUCCCAUUAAGCGGUUCCUCUUCCCGAGAUUGUUCGCCCCAAGGGAAGCGCAGCCAGGAGAUGUCGAACUCCCGUCGCCCAUUUACAUCGCGGUCGCCUCCAUCAACCGGAUUCUCCCCAUUUUGCGCGUCAUCGAUUAUCAAAUGGCGCCCGUGCUGCAAAAUCUCGCAGCCAUAACGCGACCCAGAUAUCUGGAUAAUUUUAUUGGACAGGAUAAUCUAAAUUAUCAGCAGCAGCAGUAUCAUCAAGGGCAAGUCCAGCAACUGGGGAGGACUGAUGACUAUUUUACGGAGGAGGAAUUAGCACAGGUUCAAUCAAAAAGGAGAAGAAAUCCGUUAUUUUCUAACUUAUUACUGUAAUAGAAUAGACAACACUUUGUUGUUUUACGAGACUUCAGAUUUUGCAUCAAUUUGCUAAUCCGUUCAACUAUUUUAGUUUCAGUUUGUGUGCAGGUUUCGCUACUUUUUUGCCUACUAAAUCUGUGACUGCUUUUCGUUUCAUGGUCUAGGUUUGCAUUUGACACGAUUUUUGACAAGUUUCAUUUAAUGAAUAACUCGUUCUCGGUUUAAUGGUCUCCUAUUUAUUCUAUUGAUGCGUCGUAAAUAGUGUGUGCAUGUCUUGUGCGUAUAUCUAUGUACCACUGCAUUGCAUAACAAAAGGGACGCGCAUAUGGUCACAUGCACGCAUUCUAGUUAUAAUUGAAUUACACAUUAAGAUACAGGUCAAUUUAUUGUUAUGUAUCAUCGAAUCAUGAUUAAGACUAGUUGAAUGAAAGAGUUACAAAUAAAUGCAAAAAUACGUAGGUAAA